AGCAAUCAGCUCGGUAUUGUUCCCCUGGAUCAAACAGCGGACCUGUAUGUGCAUGUGGAAUAGCAAUAGCUGUUGGAGCUGAUACUUUCAUCUUUAACAAAUGUUUCAACACUACAUUCAAAUUUGACUUACGAUGUGAAGACGGCGGCCUAGUCGAUAUUGACGAAGUACAUGCUCAUCGUUAUGUGGUAUGAACGCCUAUUGGUACCAUCAUUGACGUAUCGUUUCAUGGGUGGAGUAACACAAUGAACAUUGAUAUAUACAUGUCUGCUAAAGAUUACGGCAAUGUUGAUGGAUUAUGUGGAACAUUUGAUGGCAACAGAAGCAAUGAUCUUCUUCACAGAGACAAGAUGACAAUAUCAGAUGACGACAAUCUGAGUUACCGCUUCGCGGAUAGUUGGAGAUUGUCGGAUGAAGAAAACCUGUUUCAAACUGAUGCGCGCUUGCUGACACCAUGGAACACACAAACGAACGGGAUAGCAGAUCAGCCUUGUAGCAGACCUAACUCAAUAACAAAGAGGAAAUGUCAGGUUAAUCGUAGAAAUAGACGAGCAACUCAAAUUCCCGUAAAACACAAAUAUAGAAGCGAGGCGUCUGAAUCCCGAAAAAGACUCGAUUUAUAA